AUGCUCCGCCGGCGGCACUACCCCCUCCCGGCGCUCCUCCGCCUCUUCUCCACCUCCUGCCGCCGCCGCUCCGGCCUCCCUUCGCAUCCGUGUCCUCCGAACACCGAGCUCCCCCCACCGCCGCCUGUGGCGAAGAAGGUCCCCUUCACCGUGUCGGCGCAUGGGAGGUCGUGGAGCGACCCCUUCCACUGGAUGCGCGACACCUCCGACCCCGACCUCGCCGCCCUCCUCGCCGCCGAGAACGCCUACGCGGAUGCCUUCGUAUCCUCGGCCGGCGGCGGCGGACUCCGCGCUCGCCUCGCGGCGGAGAUGCGCGCCCGGUUGCCCCCUUCCGUUGCCUCCCCGCCUCAGCCCUGGGGCCCUUGGUCAUAUUACCAGUAUGUUCCAGACGGAAUGGAGUACCCAGUUUUGGCCAGAAAGUUGAGGCCCUCUGGUGGUUUAGCAGGAAGUCUCCUUGGUUAUCUUUCUGAUUGGGACAAGGAAGAAGUGCUGCUUGACUGGAAUGAGAUUGCAGAGAAGUUUGGUUAUGUGCACAUUGGGAGUUGCCGAACCUCUCCUGAUCAUAGGUUUCUUGCAUAUACUCUCGAUACAUCUGGGGGUGAACUAUUUUCCCUGGAAGUGAAAGAUCUUCAGUCUAAGCAUGUCAUUUUUAGUUCAUCACGCAAGGGAAUAGUCAGUUUAGCAUGGUCUCACGACAGUGAAAAUCUAUUCUAUACUGUAUGUGAUGAUACUCUACGUCCCAAUCAGGUUUUCUGUAAAAAGAUGCAGACAGAUGAGGCGGAUUUUUUAGUUUUUACGGAGAACGAUGUGAACUGUUGCGUUGAUAUCACAAGCACAAAAGAUUUCAAGUAUAUUACUGUCAAUUCUAAUACGAGGACAUCAUCUGAGGUUUAUGUGAUGGAAUCUGGUAAUGUAAGAGAAGGCUUGUGGCCUGUACAGAAACGCACUAACAAAGUGCAGUACUUUUUGGAGCAUCAUAAUGGAUUUUUCUACAUUCUUACUAAUGCCCCUUUGGAAGAUAUUGAAACUUCAGCUGAAGGCUACUACCUGGCCAGGUGUAGAGCUGAAAAAGCACUGAUGGAUAGAUGGCAGGUUGUGGCACUCCCUGGGUCGGACUGCAUCUUUCAGGAUAUGGAUAUUUUUCACGAACAUUUAGUUCUCUUUCUACGAAAAGAUGGGCUUCCUCUGUUUUGCUCCAUUGAUCUGCCAGUUAAGGUUGACUUCCAGGAGCCAAAGGAACUGGGUAAUCUCACUCCAUGGUUUUUCCCAAUACCUUCAAAUUUAUGUAGCAUUCUUCCUGGAGCCAACAAUGAUUACAUGUCAUCUACUUAUCGCCUGGUGGUGUCAUCGCCAGUGAUUCCAGACUUAACUGUGGACUAUGACAUGCGGAAGAAGACAUUUACCAUCCUCCAUCAAGAGGAAGUGACUGGCCUUUCUUCAAGUCUAUGCACAUCAGGAUUGCAAUCCAAUGUUUCGAGUAUCCAACAAAAUCUGCAACUUAUUGAAGAUUCACAAAGUUGGAGUGAUCUUUCCAAGUUAUUAACUUGUGAGAGGGUCCAAGUUAUUUCACAUGAUGGCGUCUCGAUACCUUUGAUGAUCCUUUAUUCACGGGAAUCACAUAUCCAUGGAGAAUCACCUGGGGUCAUAUAUGGAUACGGAGCUUACGGAGAAGAUCUGGAUAAAAGCUGGUGUUCUGACAGGCUAAGUCUACUUGCUCGAGGCUGGGUUCUUGCAUUUGCAGAUGUUAGGGGCGGAGGGGAUCCAUCAUGGCACCUGGCAGGCUCCAAAACCAACAAAAUAAAUUCAAUUCAAGAUUUUGCUGCAUGUGGUAUGCAUCUUAUAAAGGAAGGUUUUGUACAUGAAAGUCGUCUUUGUGCAGUAGGGUGCAGUGCUGGUGGUUUGCUGGUUGGUGCUGCCAUUAAUAUGAUGCCAAAUUUAUUCUCUGCUGCAGUUCUUAAGGUCCCUUUUCUUGAUAUCUGCAAUACCAUGUUGGAUUCUACUUUACCUCUCACCAUCUUGGACUACGAAGAAUUUGGUGACCCUAAUAUCCCAGCUGAGUUUGAUGCAAUCCGCAGUUAUUCUCCUUAUGAAAACUUAUCUCCUGGAAUAUGUUACCCCCCAAUGCUGGUGACCGCCUCAUUUAAUGAUACAAGGGUAGGAGUCUGGGAAGCUGCUAAGUGGGUUUCAAAAGUGAGAGAUGUCACAUGCCCAUCCUGUUCCCAAUCUGUUGUUCUCAAAACCAAUAUGCAGAGUGGUCAUUUUGGUGAGGGUGGACGCUUCAUGAGCUGCGAGGAGACAGCCUUUGAGUAUGCAUUUCUAAUGAAGGCAUUGGGGAUGGAUGACAAAGCUGCAAAGUAAUUAACUAGUGCUUAAGGCUUUUUGUGCUGCCAAGAGUUGUUGUGACACAUGGGGGCAGUAGUUCAUACCAUCACUUAAUGUGGUGACAUCUGGCAACCUGGCAUGAUACAUUGGAUGAGAUUGCUCAUAGUCCACACUAGUAUUGUUUGUUGAGGAGCCUUUAAUUUGCGGUUCCUUCACUGCACAGUGGCAACUGGCAACUGGAGCCCUCAGAAUAACACAGAUGGAGGCUGUCCGUUAAGGUGUUAAGGUCAGGGAGGUACUGUUCUCCAUCAAAAUUAAGAAAUGUUCGUGUCAGGUCACACUUUUUUCUUUGAAUAGGAUCAAUCAGGUGCACAAAUGGAGCUAUUGAACAAAUAAAUGUCUGAGCGAGAUAUCUGUUUUGACCUCUAACUGUAUCAGCCAAUGCAGUUCAUCACCUACUACUCUUGGAAGCAUGUGACUGUCAGCUGUCUGAUCUCACAGGAUUAGAUCAGCACAUCUCGCGGGAUCUUCCAAA